AUGGGGUCUUUGAUCUUUCUUCGAAGGCUAACACACCACAGCGCCUCUCGUAGACUUGUUAAUUUGGAGUUUUACUGCCUUUCUGGGGAAUCAAAGUUUAGAACCCCAUUGACAAUGUGUCAAUUAUUUAGGCAGCUCAGCGAUUCCACGAGAGCAAAGAAAGUUGACUUUACAGAUCUUACGCGCCCUCAUACGUGGUAUCCAAAGGCUCGAAGAAAAAGACGAAAUAUUAUCUUACAUGUUGGUCCAACAAAUAGUGGUAAAACAUAUCAUGCAUUGAAGCAACUGGAGUCAAGUUGUUCUGGUAUUUAUUGUGGGCCAUUGAGACUAUUGGCAUGGGAGGUGGCAAAACGUUUGAAUAAGGCUAAAGUUCCUUGUGAUCUUAUCACCGGACAAGAAAGGGAGGAAGUUGAUGGUGCAAAACAUAAAGCUGUUACUGUAGAGAUGGCUGAUGUGAAUUCUGAUUAUGAUUGUGCUGUUGUUGACGAAAUUCAGAUGUUAGGGUGUAGGUCAAGGGGUUUUUCAUUUACACGAGCUCUAUUAGGAAUAUCUGCUGACGAAUUACAUUUGUGUGGAGAUGCAGCAGCUGUUCCUCUAAUUCAGGAAAUUCUGAAAGUGACAGACGACAUUGUGAAGGUUCAAUACUAUGAGAGGCUUUCACCCCUUAUUCCAUUGAAGAUUCCUCUUGGAUCAUUUGCUAAUAUAAAAACUGGAGACUGCAUUGUCACCUUUUCACGUCGUCAGAUUUACAGGAUAAAGAAACAAAUUGAAAAUGGAGGAAAGCAUCUCUGUUCUGUUGUUUAUGGUUCACUACCUCCAGAGACACGAACGAGACAGGCGACAAUGUUCAACGAUGAAAACAGUGAGUUAGACGUUCUAGUAGCUAGCGAUGCCAUCGGGAUGGGUCUUAACCUUAACAUAUCUAGAAUUAUAUUUUCAACCUUGAAGAAAUUUGAUGGUGUGGAAAUGCGGGACCUUUCCGUCUCAGAGAUCAAACAAAUUGCAGGAAGAGCAGGCAGGUAUAGAUCUAAAUUCCCUGUUGGUGAAGUGACAUGUCUAGAUGCGGAAGAUCUACCUCUACUUAAUUCAUCACUGAGUUCCCCAUCUCCCAUUAUUGAGCAAGCUGGACUUUUUCCGAGCUUUGACCUUUUGUUCAUGUAUUCUCGUCUCCAUCCAACGUUUGGUAUGCUCCAGAUAUUGGAACAUUUCCUGGAGAAUGCCAAGUUAUCUGCUAACUAUUUCAUCGCUGAAUGUGAAGAAAUGUUGAAAGUCGCUGCUGUUAUUGAUGAACUGCCACUUAAUUUGAAUGAUAAAUACCUCUUCUGUAUAAGUCCAGUAGAUAUGGAUGAUGACAUUUCAUCUCAGGGCCUUACUCAGUUUGCACAAAGUUAUUCCAGGAACAGCAUUGUAAGGCUUCGAGAAAUAUUUACUCCGGGAACGCUCAAGGUCCCAAAAACACAAACUGCACUUAAAGAGCUUGAAUCUGUUCACAAGGUCCUGGAUCUGUAUGUUUGGUUGAGCUUUCACAUGGAAGAUAGUUUUCCAGAUCGCGAACUGGCAUCUUCACAGAAGGCUAUUUGCAGCAUGUUGAUUGAGGAAUUCUUGGAAAGACUUGGGUGGCAGAAGCCGAACCCCAAAAUAUUACCUGGCCGUAGCAGAUUGAAGUCCCUGUCAUAUCAAGAUGCACAACGUCUUUUUUGA